AUGCCAUUCCCUUUCACGUUGCCCACGACAAGUUCUGUCCUUCUUUCGGACUACUUUGAGAGCGCUACACAUCCGUCACUGCCUCUGUCAGGGACGACAAAACGCAACGUGCUCAAAGAUGCCUUGAAGAAGCACAAACGCCUGCCAGCACGUGACCGGGCUACCCAUCUCACGGUAGUGCAAAGUGCUGUGACAAGCUACUUACCGUUUCUACUGGCGCUCAACGCCGCUACUGGCUUUGGCGACGUCAGAAACGAGCAUGUUGACCUCGGUGUGAAGACACCGCUUGUGGUCGAAUGGCGUUCCACACUUGCUACGACCCUGCCAGGACGAGAGGCACCACGGCCGAAGCUCACUGGUCUGCAUCAUGAGCUGGCUUUCACCUUGUCCACGUUGGCUUACGUACAUGCACUACUAGCACGAUCUCAACUUCGUAUGCUCCAUGACGCGAUCGUGCUUACUGGUGAGCAACGGACUGGUGCCAUCGGCACCGCGAUGAAACAUCUGCUCGAUGCGCACAGUAUACACAAGUAUCUGUUGUCUCUGCCGACUGUGUCAGCUGCGAGGGAUGCGCCGAUCGAUGUCCAGCCCUCUACCAUCUCCGCUCUGGCCUCCCUUGCUCUGGCCGAAGCUACUCUGAUUGUGGUUUCGAAAGAUGACCCAUAUGCUGCGGCCGUGGCAGACGAUCGGAACGACAGCAACGUCGAGUGGAUGUACAAAUCCCCAAGCAUACCGAAAGUCCGCGUCCGCCUCUUCGCAAAUAUCUGCUUAGCUGCAGCAGAUCACGCAAGUCAAGCACAUGGCCUGCUCGCGUCCGGCAAAGUGGAUGAGGAUCUGAUAAAUUAUGCAGCAGACCUUCGCCGGACAGCUAGAGGUAAAGCUGCAAGGCUUCUGGGCAUCGAUGCCGAGCAAAGCGGCAAAACAGGUGAAGGUCUCGCCUGGCUUAAAGGUGCCCGCAAGGAACUGGGCUUGGCAGUCGACUUUGAGGACGGCAAGCGGAAGGGGCUGAAAGGCCUAAAGCAAAGCUGGCAAGAACGACGCGAAGACAAACGUGUACAGAAAGGUGGCGAAUGGGGCAUGGACGGCGGCAAGCUCGAAGAGGCUCGAGUGCUCGAGAUGCUGGAAGCGAAGUGGGAUAAAGAGAACAGCACGAUCAACGUCCAGCUCGUGCCGCCCUUUGAGCCACUGCUAGCGAGUCUGCCUUCCGGUCGAGAGUAUCACUCACCUCAGCCAUUUCAGCCGCCUGUGCUUGAUGCGGACACUUUGGCACAGAUGAGGGCGCCGCUUGAUCCUGGAGAGGCUGCGUUCGGAGGCAAUGAGGAGGAUAGUGGUGGCGAGGAAAAUUAUGGUAGAAGGACGGCUGCGAGCGCCACGCCGGGUGCCUUUCCAGGUGUAGGCAGAGACUACGCGAGAGUCGGCACGAGUAAUAGCUACUACUGA